AUGAGUUUGAGUUUGAGACCGAGGGAAGGCACAUUCAAAGAAUACAUCACAUGGGUCGGAAUUGAUGUGACAUAUUUGAUAAUAAUCAUGUUGGCAGUCAUGAUUAUAAUAAGCAACAUAAGUAUUCUUCAAGAGUAUUUCUGUAAAAAUAUCGUAGUCAUAUUGGGAAUUGUCUUGUUUGCUGCCGCUCUGUUUGUCUUCACGUUUGGGCUCAAGAUAAUUCAGGAAAACUUUUGGUAUUCACAUAUUGACUAUGGACUAAUCGUCCUACUCAUAUCCAUCGCAUACUGUUGUGUUUUUGGUCGAUUCUACGCACUCUUUAUAUUUAUAAUCUUGAAUGUGUCUCUAGCAAUAGCUGCCGCAGUCAUGAUAAUCGCUGUCAAUCUGAAACGUUUGGAUUUGCCAGCGACUCCUAUCCAUCCUUCUCUACGCUCUGCAUGUUCCAUUCUCUAUUCGACUCAUGCAUGCGAAGCUCUAGACAUUCCUAAACUAAGACAAACAUCACGCCAGAAUUCCCUGCAUUUCAGUGAUUCUCCAACUGAGGAAGCCGUUAGCGAACUGUGUCUAUGCAUCGGUUCAAUGCUCGGUUUAUUCCUUCUUGGAAACACAGUACGCGACUGUGUAGGUAGUAAACAUUCAUUCUGUUUUGCAAUGUGUCAGGCGUUCUUUUUCUGGAUUUUCAUUACUCUCUUAUUCUCAGGAAUUUACAUGUUGAUAUUACCUUCAAAAAAGAAGGAGGGUAACAGGGAUUAA